AUGAGCACAGAACGAGAGCAUGGGCCCCCGGCAAAUGGGCGGGAAAGUGUAGGAACCGCGUCGCUGGUGAGUUUCUCUACAAGCUCCUCCUCUGGAGGUAGGAACGUCACAAGCACUGAAGUUCGCUUUCUCACGCACCCUUGGAACUUGCGCAGUACAAGAGGCGCGCAGCUUUACACCCGCUGCGGCGCCAGGUUAAGUGAAGCGGGCAAGACGUCUUCCAGUAAAAGCAAGCUGACGGAUCAGGGAUCUCGGUAUGUGAAUAUAGGCACCAAUUGGGUUUUAGGGGAAGUGCAGGGGGGAGACCAUGAGAAGAGCAAGGAAGAAAGUACCCGCAGUCCUAGAGAACCUCUACAGCGACGAUCACUGGAAGCGCAGCGCCACCAGCAAGGAUAUUUAGUAAAGCACGGUCGUCUCGCCUCACUCGCACAGACGGCACCAAAUGAACCCAGAAGAAGGUCACCCCAUAGUGUUGCUUUUCCACGAAAUCUAGGUGGGCCACAGCCUGGCGGAAGGGCGCCUUUCUCUGCGGUUCCUUGCAACGGUGACGAUCAAAGAAGAGUUAACUGUGAUAGACAUGGUAGGCGGCACGCUUCCGUCUUGCGCUGCAGUGAGACACUAGCACAGAUGCAUCCAUUGACAAUCAAAGCGAGACACAGCCCACCCCCAGAACAGCCUCCGACGUGGAACGUGGAGGCGCAAAUCGAGGCGCUGACGGAGGUUGCGCAGCCAAAUACGCCGCGACUCUUGCAGUAUGGUGCAGAUUUGGUUGCUCCGGAGGCUCAGGCGUGUCUCGCGCUGCCCCUUUUGCCGCACCCUCUGCAAAACUCUAUUCUCACUGGACAGGCGCAUGAUUACAGUAUACGGGUUCAUAAAGAUGUGGAGGAUUCUAAGGAGAGAAACCCAAUCUCGAAAAAAUGUGAAUUAUCUGCUACGAUUCAGCAAUUACCCAUUAAGGGCACCGACGAUGACUCACAGAAGAAUCAAUCCUCCUUGAAACUUCCGCUCCUGCCGAACGCAAUCAUUGCACGGUCCACUGAUAGCAGUAACCUGGGAACGCAAAUGGACGUCCAAACAGCAGGAAAGAAAUUAUCCACAUAUCUCUCAGCAACGAGGCAAUUGACACCGACAACAGUUCAUGACACCACAGACGCAAUCGUUACCGAUGAAAAGGAAUGUGUUGCGUCAUUGCGACGGGUGUCAGAUCUCUCGAGUAACAAAGCCUCCGAACCAUUUAGGUUGUCGAAUGUAUCAUGGAAAUGCAGCAAAGAUGAGGUUCAGCAGGAAUUAACUCCCACGGAGGAACGCCCGCAGAAGAAGCAUAAAAGCCUCUGGUGGGCCAAGUCGUUGCUGCGACGGGCGUUCGCCUUCCCAACUGCGGAGAAGAGUGAUAGUAGUGGUGUUAGUAGUGCUAUUAGUAGUACAACUAAUUUCGAUACUUCUAGUGGCAAUUAUAUUGACCAAAAAAAAAAUGACGGUAAAUGCAUCUCAACGCAUUCAACGCGAACCUCGCUGCUUACGUUCAACUUGUUAGGGGAUGGUAUGGAGAUGAGGCCCUCUGUAUGUGCUUUGCCAUCCUCCAACUCGCGGAGAUCGUUAACAAUGCAUCCGAAUCUGGAUACUUCAUUGGAGUUUGGCGCCCUUCCUUUCUUUAGCUCUCAGCAUCGGAAAAGGUGCGAUGCCGCUGUAUUUAAAUCAGUCCUUUCGACCUCAACCGCCCAUAUCUUGGGUGUGGAUUCUUCAAGCUUCAGGACGUCGUUCCGCCGCUCUACUCGGACGAGUCGGGAUGCGGCAGCCAUCAGCAAGAAUUGUUUUGCCCCUAGUUUGGGGGAUAACAUUGGUAGCAGGGGUGAAGAGGCGCGGCGCACCACGAGGAGCGAAGAAUCAAAGCCAGCGAUAAACGCCCUCGUGCGCGAUGAUGGUAGAAACGACCCCGUAUGCGCCAUGCAAUGUUUUACUCCACUGCGACCGUUCACGAACUCGCACCCCAGCAACAGCAUGACAGGCAGCAUAUACUCAUUGGCAUCGACCGAUGAUUUUGAUAGCGAGGUUAGUCAGAUGUCUUUCGCAUGGUAA